AUGCCGUGCGACACGGACCACUUCUACGCUCACUGUGGCGACGACGCACCCGACGACAGCGAGCAGCACGACAAGCUGCGGACGAUCAUCGUGUUUCACGCGGAGCUGUUGCAGUACCAGGAAGAGGUGAUCGCCGAUCGCGAGAGGCAGAUCGAGGAGCUGCGCAUACAGCGAGACGAGCUUCAAGAGCGGCUCCGACGACUGGAGGUGUGCGUCGCGCAUGUCGCCUGCCAGACGGAGGAGCCGUUCGUGGACGCCCGGACGACGCUGCUGGCCAACGAGCUGCUACCCCGCGAAGCACGCAGCGCUGCGCUGGCUCCAUCAGUCGAAGAGUUCGAGGUCACUCGGUGCGAAAUCCAAGAGGUGCCCAUCGUACCUGAAGAGGAGACAGCUGUCCAAGAGCAUCGCGGCCACUCGCCCCUCCCGAAGGCCACCGCUGACCGACCGCCGGCGGCCGAGCCGACGCGUGUCGAGGACGCCCUCGUCCAGAAUCAGCUGCAGGCCGAGCCUGUGCCGCCCCGUCCUCCCCGUGGUCCCCCUCCUGCGGCCGAGGACGAGGAGCGCGCCCAGGAGGCGCCCGCCGAGGGCCCUGCAGCCCCCACCGAGUCGUCUUCCCAGGAGGCUGCCGCCCCUCCCGAGCCAUCAUCCGCCAGGAAUGCCGCCCGCAAGAGGUCUGUUGCUGCUCAUGAAGAACCUGGCAGGCUGUUUAACAACAACCAGGCUUACGCUACAGCUGCCUGUGCCGCCGGUCCCCCGCCCUCUUCCGAGGAAGCUGCAGCCGAGGCCAUCGAAGUUCCCAAAUGGAGGGAGAACCCUGUCGCCAGCCUUUACUCUAUGGAAGGCACCGAGAACCUCGACGAUGAAAUCUUCCGAAAGAGGCACGCGAAGCCUGAGGCAAAUGAAAAGAGGCGCAAACGGUGGGACCUGCGACUACUUCGCGAGCAGGAGCGCACUGAGCGGCUGCGGCGAAGGAUGGAGCGACGGACGGAGAAACCGCCGACGUGCCCUCCGACUUUCUGUGGGGACCUCGAACAAAUCCACACUGUGGAAGUCGUCGACGAGAUACCAGUGCAGGCCUUCGGACAAGCGAUACCCGAGCUACAGCCCCAGGAGUUUCAGUUGCCGUGGGAGAAGUGGCACGACGAGACAGCAAAGAAGCCCAAGCGACCCCGGCGAAAACUCAAAGGUCUGAAACACUAA